AUGCACGCAAGACUGACUCCAGUGUGCAGUGAACACCACUACACUAAUGCUACUUCUACUAUCCAGUCACCACUUGAGUUCAGUCAGCGGCAUGAGGGCGGCCGCCAUCAUGACGCGUCGUCGCCAAAGCCGCCCUCCGCCGCCGCCAGAAGCUCCGGGUCCACGCCCCCACCAGCGGCAAGCACGGUCCCGCAGCCCACCACCGCCGCUCCAUCCAGGCCUGGCGCAGCCUCUCGCCCUCGUCUUGUGCCCCCUGCACGUUCCCGCCCACCGCGCGUGGCCACGGCACCCCGGAAAAGAACGCCGCGGGCGGCGAAGACGGCCGCUGCCUCAAGAGGAAGAACAUCAGCCCGAUGCGCGCCCCGGCUAGGCUCACCGCCAUGGCCCCCGGCCUCACAGGCCCCCAGGCAGCCCCAACGCUUACCCCACUCCCCGGCGAACAAUAACAAGGCCCUGGAGGCCCCGCUCCGCCGCGUCUCCAAGACACCCUCCCAAAAGGCCCCAGAGGCUAAGCCUGCUUCCAACGCGGCGCCAUUCUUACUUUCUUUGGGGGAAGAGGGAUACUAUAAUGAACACAACUACACUACUACUACAAUCAUUACCAGACAUGCACGCCUGACUGACUCCAGUGUGUAG